GGAAAGCCGGUUGCUGCCGGAGUGAGGAAGAAAGGGAGGGAGCCUAACACGGAAGCGGUGGCAGCGUCUGGGAAGCUGGUGGAGGCGGUCAGAGACGGGAAGUCUGCGCCGUGGGGUUGGCGCAUGCUGAAAGACAUCCGCCUCGUGGGAUCUACCUGAAGUGAAUGAAUGGCUGGGCCUCCCUUCUCAGCGAAAAUCCAGAGCGCUAGCGACGGUGAUGGCGGCAGUUACUCCGACAGCCCCAGUUAAACUGCGCUCUGGGAGAUACAUCCAGAAAGUGCCCAGAAGAACCUUCCUGCUAGAAAAACUGAAAAAGCAGUACUUAUAACACUGGAAUUUGUGGAUCAUUCGCUAAAAUGGCAGAAAAUAGUGAAAAUAAUAGUAAAAAUGUAGAUGUAAGACCCAAAACUAGUCGAAGUAGAAGUGCUGACAGAAAGGAUGGUUAUGUGUGGAGUGGAAAAAAGUUAUCUUGGUCAAAAAAGAGUGAAAAUUGUUCAGAUGCUGAAGCAGUGAAUACUAUAGAAAAAGCUGAAGUUCCUUUAAGGAGCCAAGAAAGAAAACACAGCUGUUCAUCCAUCGAGUUAGAUUUAGAUCAUUCCUGUGGGCAUAGAUUUUUAGGCCGAUCUCUUAAACAGAAACUACAAGAUGCUGUGGGACAGUGUUUUCCAAUAAAGAAUUGUAGUAGUCGGCACUCUUCAGGGCUCCCAUCUAAAAGAAAAAUUCAUAUCAGUGAACUCAUGUUAGAUAAGUGUCCUUUCCCACCUCGAUCUGAUUUAGCCUUUAGGUGGCAUUUUAUUAAACGACACACUGCUCCUAUAAAUCCCAAUUCAGAUGAAUGGGCAAGCACAGACUUAUCUCAGAGUGACUUAAGGGAUGGUCAACUAAAACAAAGAAGAAAUGUGGAAGAAGAGAUAAACUGUUUCUCACACACCAAUGCUCAACCCUGUGUCAUAACCAACAACACCACUUUGUGUAGAGGUAGUCCCAUGGCUGAUUCUGUGAUGAACCUGGUUUCAAAUAAUAGUGUAGAAGAUAGUGAUAUGGAUUCAGAUGAUGAAAUUAUAACACUUUGCACAAGUUCCAGGAAGAGAAACAAACCCAAGUGGGAAGUGGAUGAAGAACUCUUGCAGUUGGAAACACCACCCAAAUACCAUACCCAGAUUGAUUAUGUCCACCGUCUUGUACCAGACCUCCUUCAAAUCAAUAACAAUCCAUGUUACUGGGGAGUUAUGGAUAAAUAUGCAGCUGAAGCUCUACUAGAAGGAAAACCAGAGGGUACGUUUUUACUUCGAGACUCUGCACAGGAAGACUAUUUAUUCUCUGUUAGUUUUAGACGUUAUAGUCGUUCUCUUCAUGCUAGAAUUGAACAGUGGAAUCACAACUUUAGCUUUGAUGCACAUGAUCCUUGUGUCUUCCAUUCUCCUGACAUUACUGGGCUCCUGGAACAUUAUAAGGACCCAAGUGCCUGUAUGUUCUUUGAACCACUUUUAUCCACUCCUUUGAUUCGGACUUUCCCCUUUUCCCUACAGCAUAUAUGCAGAACAGUGAUUUGUAACUGUACAACUUAUGAUGGCAUUGAUGCCCUUCCAAUUCCUUCUUCUAUGAAAUUAUAUCUGAAGGAAUAUCACUAUAAAUCAAAAGUAAGAGUACUCAGGAUUGAUGCACCAGAACAGUGCUAGAAAAGAGAUAGGUGUGCUGGAAUGAUUUAUAUACAUAUUUUCAUUUAACAUUUUAUUUUUCUUAAUGCCACUUUGACUUUUUCUACAAGGGCAGUUGAAGAAAUUUCUGUCCUGAAUUUUCCUUCCAGAUCAGUUUAUUUUUCUCAUGCUACACUGAUUAUAUAAAGUUAUACUUAACUAAGGAUUAAUGAAUAUUUUUGACUAGGUGUUUAGAUUUUGUUUUUAUCAUAUAGAUUGUAUUCUUAAUUUUUUUCUUAAUGGUAAUAUGCAGCGAUCCAAGAAUAUUUGAAACUUGGUAGGCACUGCAAGCACAGUUGAAUAAUCUGUAUUUCAUACUUUUCUUUAAUGUAAAAUGCUUUCUUGUUAAUCUAUCCAUUAGCACUUCUAUACAUAAAAUAUAGUUUUCCCAUACACACUCUUUAGAAUUGUUUUAAAAUUCUUGAGUAAAGCUAAGUGUUGUAAUUCACAAAUGUAUUAAUGUGAUUGACUUGUAAUUUACUAAUAAGGAUCUUAAAGGUAACAAAAUAUCUUAAAAUCAGACUUGAUUGUUUUUAAAUAAUAACUUAUAAACAGGAUUACUAUAUUGGAUCUGGUCAGUAGAAUCAAAUGAAAAUUAUCAUUUUGCAGACAUUAAUUUUUAUAUAAUGUGGCAGGGUCAUUUGUUACUUUUCUUGAAUAGAUGUUUAUCAACCUUGAAGUUAGCAUCUUCAGAACAUAAAUAUUGUUCCUUUACUACUUGAAGUUUCAAAAAUAACUGUUACUGACUAGUAGUUACUAAUGUACUAAAGCAAUGGUGAGGUUUUUCCCUAUUUACUUAUGAACUGUUACUUCUGCUUAGCCCUUUUAUAGAAACUCUGUGCCUGUUCCUUUGGGAAGAAGCCACGGUUUUCCGUAAAGUACCUAAGCAGUAUUAAAAUACCUAAUCAGUAUUUUAAGUUGAGUAAAGAUUCAAAAAAUAAACAUGGACUUAAUUAUUUAGGAAGUUUAAUAUGGUAUUUGAUCUUCAAGUUUCAAAUAAUUAUUCCUGUCUUCAGAAUUAACAUGUCUUCAUAGUGACUUGAAAAAAAGAAAAACCUUUUGAAAGCUUCAUGGCUUAUAACAAACAGAACAACACUGGGCACAGGGUAACAUUUUAAGUUUACUAACCCAACAACAGGGAAGCAUUUUUAGAAACAUCAUUAGCCCGAUAUAAUAAAGAUUAAUGGAGUGAUAUCCAACCCCUCUUUUUUUAAAGAAUCGAUAAUUCCCUGGACAGAUGUUUCUUCUGGUGAGCCGUCUAUUCCUUUGUACUAAUUGGCAUUUUUAAUAUUAUAGUCAAUUGAUUUCUUGAUGCUAGUUUAGCUCAUGUAGGAAGCUGGUUCUACGCGGAAGAAAUUUGCCUCAAAUUUCUAAGUUAGAACAAAUGUUUCUUGAGUAUUGUUGCUUUUAUGUUGAAGUGUCACUUCCAUUCCUGUAGUUUUGGAGUUAACAAAGAUAGCUCUUUUCAAUAAUAACUUUAAAGUAAGUUGUUAAUAACAAAAUUGAAACAAGGAAGUCUCUGUUACUAUUAUGUUUUGCAUUUUUCUCCUCAGUGAUCUCAAGACUGUCUUGACUCCAGUGAGAGGUAGCUACUAAAGCGGCAUAUCUCAUCAAUAAAGAGGCUCAGAAUAUAGCCACUGUCAGGAAAAAUAUAUCUUCUAAAUAUGAGAUUUCCCUUUUGUAAAAGUAGAUAGUCUCAUACUACCUCAUCUUUAUUCUGACACUUUUGUAGAUCACUGAGUUUAUGUUAAUAACCUAACACUUCCUAAAUAUCCAUCUUUGGUGUAAGAAAUUUAGUAUUAUGGUAAGAUUACCCGUAAUUAUAGUUUAUCAGAUUUUGAUAAUAAGACUUUCUGUUUCUGUGAAACAUUAUUUUAAAUAUUUUUCUUUUAAAAACAAUUUUUUAUUAGUACAGGAAAACCUAAGGAAUGACUAGCUUACGAAUAUUCUGUUAAAGGGUAAUUUUAUAAAGGAAAAUGAAAUUAUGUUGUCUUUUAUAAUGGUAAAAAUUUGGUGUUUAUAUGAAAAUCAAGAUCUAAGUAGCUUUUUGUAUAUUCAGACUAGUUGCUUAUGAUAUAUUUUCAAUGGCUUUCUUACUUUCUCAACUUCAACUUCAAGGUAUUAAAUAAUUGCAACUGUCAUAUACAGCCUUGAAGUAGAUCUAAUAAAUGAGCAAGAAGGAGAUUCA